AAGAGAGACGCCGAGCAGCCUCAAACCGUUCAACUUCCUUCCGGAGGUCCCAAUAUGCGGGAACUGCAUGCUCGGCGCGGCUCUACUAUAUAAACCAUGCAGGGCCCCAGAACCUCACCCUUCAGCGUGCUGUUGAACAGUUCACUCGACAUUCAUUUGUUUUGAUAUACCUUUUCAAUUCUUUCUGUCCGUAUUUAUUAAUAUACCUUCGUUCUUGUUGAUCAAAAUGAAGCUUCCCACUUCCCUUCCUCUUGCCUUUGCCUCGGCGCUGACCGUCUCCGCCGUCCCCGUCGCUCUCGAUACCGCGGCCGGCACCAUAACCCUCCAACUCAACAUUGACCUCAAUCAAGACGGCCUCGUUGGAGCCGGAGCCGGAGCCAACAAUGCCCAUGACCUCUUCACAUUCACAUCUAUGCACGCGGUCCAGGCAACACCGGAUCAAGUCGUCAACGGCACCACGCCCACCGGCGGAAUUGCAGGCGCUUCAGGAACGUUCCACUUCGGCAUCAACUCGGCCGCCAACAUGAUCUGCUAUAAUAUCACACUGCACAACUUCCAAGGCGAAUUCGAGUCCCCUGCAGACACGGCGACGCAUAUUCACGAGGCAGCCCGCGGCGCUUCGGGUCCUCCGCGCAUCGCGUUUCCCAACCCCCAGCCGGUCGAUGCUGCCGGAAUUGUUCGGAACAGCGCUGGAUGUCUGACGGGCCCUUUUCUCACUGGCGUGGUGAUGGAUGGAAGGGACACUGGAGAGUCAUUCCACGUAAGGCAGAUUGAGGAGAAUCCGGCGGCCUUCAUGGCAGAUACGCAUUCGAGUCUUGCGCUUCCCGGAGCGGUCCGUGGCCAGUUGGCAUGAAGAGACGGUUUUUGAUGCAUCAUGGAGCACACUGAAAGGAUGAGCGCAAGUCGACGUUUCUGUUGCGCUACAGGCUGAGAACCUUGGGAACAUGUCCCUGUACACGUCUGGAUGGCUAUCCAACGUGACGGACGGUAAUAGUUGUAAUAGA